AUGACGUCAAGCUCGCCCAUUGGCCUGGAGGGUUCAGACUUGUCUUCCAUCAACACCAUGAUGUCAGCAGUCAUGAGUGUGGGGAAGGUCGCCGAGAAUGGUGGGAGCCCCCAGAGCAUCAAGCCCCCCACAAAGCCUCCAGGACCAAAUCGGAUCGGCCGAAGGAACCAGGAGACGAAAGAGGAGAAGUCUUCCUACAACUGCCCCCUGUGCGAGAAGGUCUGCACUACCCAGCACCAGUUAACCAUGCACAUUCGCCAGCACAACACGGACACUGGCGGGGCCGACCACUCGUGCAGCAUCUGCGGGAAGUCGCUGAGCUCAGCCAGCUCCCUGGACCGCCACAUGCUGGUGCACUCCGGGGAGAGGCCCUACAAGUGCACCGUGUGCGGACAGUCUUUCACCACCAACGGCAACAUGCACAGACACAUGAAGAUCCAUGAGAAGGACCCCAACAGCUCUCCAGCCGCAGCGCCCCCGUCCCCACUGAAGCGCAGGCGGCUGUCCUCCAAGAGGAAACUGAGUCACGAUGCAGAGUCAGAGAAGGAAGACCCGGCGCCCGCCAAAAAGAUGGUGGAGGACGGGCAGUUGGGGGACGCGGAGAGGAAGGCUGAGGAAGUAUUCCACUGCCCACUGUGUUUCAAGGAGUUCGUGUGCAAGUACGGGCUGGAGACUCACAUGGAGACGCACUCGGAUAACCCGCUGAGGUGCGAUGUCUGCUGCGUCACCUUCCGCACGCACCGUGGCCUGCUGCGCCACAACGCGCUGGUCCACAAGCAGCUCCCCAGGGACGCGGUGGGACGGCCUUUCAUCCAGAACAACCCCGCCAUCCCCGCCGGCUUCCACGACCUGGGUUUCACCGACUUCUCCUGUCGGAAGUUUCCCCGCAUCUCUCAGGCCUGGUGUGAAACGAACCUACGCAGGUGCAUCAGUGAGCAGCACCGAUUCGUCUGCGACACGUGUGACAAGGCCUUCCCCAUGCUCUCCUCGCUCACCCUGCACAAGCAGACGCACGUGGCUGCUGACCAGGGCCCAGACCGGCUGCAGGCCAGGGCCCUGCCAGGCGAUGACCUCGACCAGAAGGUCUUCCUGGCAGUGCUGGGCCUGCAGCACAUGGAGGAUGUGCGGCCCACACCGGCUGAGGAACCGCCGCCGGAUGACAACCAGGCGAUCCAGCUCCAGGCACUGCGGUGCCAGCUACCUCAGGAGCCUGGCUGCGCCGGCCUGCUCAGCCUGGCCCCCUUUGACGCCGCUGCCCUAGGUGGGGCACUCGCCGUCCUCCCAGCCGCCGCGGACAGCGUGAAACACCUGGCCCUACAGCCCUUCCAGAAGGGCUUCAUCAUCCAGCCCGACAGCAGCAUCGUGGUGAAGCCCAUCUCUGGGGAGCCGGCCAUUGAGCUGGCGGACAUCCAGCAGAUCCUGAAGAUGGCAGCAGCCGCACCACCACAGGUUGGCCUCCCGCCACUGGCCAAGGCGCCUGCCGCGCCGCUGCAGGCUGUCUUCAAGCACAUGCCCCCUCUGAAACCAAAGCCCCUGGCCGCUCCGCGCACGGUGGUGGCCACAUCCACGCCCCCGCCCCUGGUCAACACCCAGCAGGCCUCCCCGGGCUGCGUCAGCCCCAGCCUGCCCCCGCCACCACUGAAGCUCCUCAAGGGCACGGUGGAGGCGGCCCCUGGCACCCACCUGCUGCCGCCCAAGUCGGGGGCACAGCUCUUCCUACAGCCGCCAUGCCUCGAGCUGCCUGGCCAGGCCGAGGUGAAGACGCAGCUGGAGCAGGACAGCCUCCUGGAGGCGCUGCUGCCGCUGAGCGUGGAGGCCAAGAUCAAGCAGGAGAUCACAGAGGGGGACCUCAAGGCUAUCAUGACGGGCCCUGGCGGCAAGAAGGCGCCGGCCAUGCGCAAGGUGCUCUACCCCUGCCGCUUCUGCAACCAGGUCUUUGCCUUCUCCGGGGUGCUGCGCGCGCACGUGCGCUCCCACCUGGGCAUCUCGCCCUACCAGUGCAACAUCUGCGACUACAUCGCUGCCGACAAGGCCGCGCUCAUCCGCCACCUGCGUACGCACAGCGGUGAGCGGCCCUACAUCUGCAAGAUCUGCCACUACCCCUUCACGGUCAAGGCGAACUGCGAGCGGCACCUGCGCAAGAAACACCUCAAGGCCACGCGCAAGGACAUCGAGAAGAACAUCGAGUACGUGACGAGCAGCGCGGCCGAGCUGGUGGACGCCUUCUGCUCCCCGGACACCGUGUGCCGGCUGUGCGGCGAGGACCUGAAGCACUACCGCGCGCUCCGCAUCCACAUGCGCGCGCACUGCGGCCGCGGCCUGGGCGGCUGCCCCAAGACCCGCAAGCCCUUUGAGUGCAAGGAGUGCAGCGCCGCCUUCUCAGCCAAGCGCAACUGCAUCCACCACGUGCUCAAGCAGCACCUGCACGUGCCCGAGCGCGACAUCGAGAGCUACGUCCUGGCGGCCGACGGCCUGGGCCCCGCCGACGCACCCGCCGAGGCCCCGGGCCGCGGCGACGAGGGCGAGCACAAGCCCCUGGCCGCCUUCCUGGAGCCCCAGAAUGGCUUUCUUCCCGCGGGCCCCACACAGCCUCUGCCCCCGCACGUUGCCGUCAAAGUGGAGCCAGCCAGCAACUUUGCCGCAGAAUUCAACGAGCCCCUGGACUUCUCCCAGAAGGGCCUGGCCCUGAUCCAGGUGAAGCAGGAGAACGCGGCUACCUUCCUGAGCCCCUCUGCCCCCUAUGACUGCUCCAUGGAGCCCAUCGACCUGUCCAUCCCCAAGAACUUCCGGAGAGGAGACAAGGAUGCAGCUGCUUCUGGGGAGGCCAAGAAGCCUGAGCAGGAACCCGGGAGCAGCGAGCAGGCCUCCCCCGGCCCACCGGCCUGCCCCGCACUGCCGUCGACCUUGGGCGCCAGCGGGCCCCUGGAGAAGCCGGGGGUCCCGGCCGCAGCAUCCUCGGCAGCUAGCCCUCUGGAAGCCACGGCGCUGCCCCUGCAGGGCCCCGUUCAACUAGCCGUGCCCCUCUACUCCUCAGCCCUGGUCAACAGCUCUCCACUCUUGGGCACCUCCACCCUCGGCAGCCCAGCCUUGCUGCGGCCGCUGCGCCCCAAGCCCCCCCUGCUCUUGCCAAAGCCCCCCGUGACGGACGAGCUGCCCCCGCUGGCCUCCAUCGCCCAGAUCAUCUCAUCCGUGUCCUCGGCCCCCACCUUGCUGAAGACCAAGGUGGCCGACCCAGGGCCGACAGGAACCGGCAGUACUGCCGCGGCCUCAGACAGUGUCGGGGGUGCCCUCCCCAAAGCCACCACCGACGUCACCAGCCCAAAAGAAUCCAGUGACUCAUCCCCCUCCACCAACAGCCCAGAGGCAGCCUCGCCGACUGAGCAGGGACCAGCCGGCUUGUCGAAGAAGAGGGGCCGGAAGAGAGGGACACGGAGCCGGGCACGCAGCAGCGGCGGGGUGGACCUAGACUCUAGCGGGGAGUUUGCCAGCAUCGAGAAGAUGCUGGCCACCACGGACACCAACAAGUUCAGCCCGUUUCUGCAGAGUGCGGAGGAUGAUGCCCAGGACGAGGUGGCCGCAGCCCCCACAGAUCACAACGGGCCCAGCGACGAGGAGCAGGGCAGCCCGCCCGAGGACAGGCUGCUGAGGGCGAAGCGCAACUCGUACGCCAACUGCCUGCAGAAGAUCAACUGCCCGCACUGCUCGCGGGUCUUCCCCUGGGCCAGCUCCCUGCAGAGGCACAUGCUCACGCACACUGGUCAGAAACCCUUCCCUUGUCAAAAAUGCGGUGCCUUCUUUUCCACCAAAUCUAACUGUGAACGACACCAGUUGCGCAAACACGGAGUUACUGCCUGUUCCCUGAGAAGAAACGGGCUUAUCCCCCAGUCAAAAGAGAGUGAUGGAGCCCGUGAUAGCACAGACAGCCAGUCGGACGCAGAGGCCUCGGCGGCAGGUAGCGAAGUGCUCGACCUCACCGCCCGGGAGCCGCCCGCGCCGACCCCGGACGGUGCGUCGGAGCCCAGCCCGGCCGCAGCCCCGGCCAGAGAGGAUCCCCCGGGGGGCGCGCAGAAGGCGGCGGAGCAGGUGGUGGCGGAGGAGGACGUGCAGCCAGAGGAGGAGGACGCGCAACCCGCGGAGGAGGAGGAAGGAGAGGAGGAGUGCGCGGAGGAGGAGCCGGCCGAGGCUGCCAACGGCCCCGAGGAGGACACGGUCAGCAACAAGAGCCUGGACCUCAACCUCGCCAACACGCUUAUGGGCUUCAAGCUGGCCGAGGGUGAGGCGGGCGCUCAGGACCACAAGCACGCCUGCCACGUGUGCGGCAAGAGCUUCAAGUUCCUCGGGACCCUCAGCCGCCACCGCAAGGCCCACGACCGCGAGGAGCCCAGCGACGAGAGCGCGCCCCCACGGGAGCACGAGGGGCUGCACCCCGCUGUUCCUGAGCCCCCCACCCCCGAGCCCCUUGCCGAGGCGGAGGCCACGCCCGAGGCCCCGGUGGAGAAGCAGAGCGAGGCGGCUGAGGGCCCCUCGGACGGGGACGGGGACGGGGACGGGGACGGGGAGGGCCCCAACGAGAAGAGACCCCUGGAGAAGAGUGACGAUGACAAGAAGCCAAAGAUAGACACGCCCAGGAGCGCAGCCAGCAAGGCGGAUAAGAGGAAGAAGGUGUGCAGCGUGUGUAGCAAGAGGUUCUGGUCCCUGCAGGACCUGACCCGGCACAUGAGGUCGCACACAGGAGAGAGGCCCUACAAGUGCCAGACCUGCGAGCGGACCUUCACCUUGAAGCACAGCCUGGUGCGCCACCAGCGGGUCCACCAGAAGGCCCGGCACGCCAAGCACCACGGCAAGGACAGUGAUCGGGAGGAGCGCGCUGAGGAGGACAGCGAAAGCGAAUCUGCCCACAGCGGCGCCCACCCUGCAUCGGAGGGUGAGGCGGACGCGGGCCUGCACGCCGGCGCCCACAUGGCGCUCACACGGAGCCGGAGGGAGAGCCUCGCCGCCAAGGACGCCGGCCGCCGGGAGGAGCGGACGGCGGGGACCAGCCAGGCCGCGGCCAGCAGGAGCAUGCCCAGGGCUGCUGCCACCGGCAGCCCCCGGGAGCCGGCGCCCCAGGGCGACCCCGGCCGGGAGAGCCCCUCAGGCCUCCUGCAGGACCUGCUAGAGCUGCCAGGCCGCAGGCCCGCACACCCCCUCCUGCCCACUGCCGACAGUGCCUCGCUCCUGGGCCUGGAAUGA